GCGCUUUAGCCCCCACGUAUAGGUGGGGGCUAAGCGCACGGGGCUCCCCUGCCUACCACCGUAAUGGCGCAUCGUAGUCUCUGGGCGCUAAUCCACUGAGUGCAUAACAUAGAAACCAGUGUGAGAGCGUGCAGUGCUGGCUGGGCAGGCUCAGGGGGCAGUGCAAGAUACCACAUUUACCCAAAGAGCCCUGUUUACCCUGAUCUUAGAUCAACACAGCUACCCCCUGCGUCCCUGGCUUCCCUACAGGAAUGCAGCUAGGCACAGCAGCACUCAGCUUGUCCCUGUCUCUGGAGGGGGGACAAGAAAUGAAUCUUAAGCCAGCAGCUUCACCUGCUGCAUCUCUUGAUGGAGGUGCAGCCUGCACUGAAUCACCGUGCGGAUGCAGUUAUGGACAUUAUAACCUAUGAUGAUUACCCCAAUCCACCGUUUCAGAGAUAUUGAGAGGAAGCCUGAAUACCUUCAGCCAGACAAGUGUGUUCCACCUCCUAGCCACAGUUCCCUGGGAACAAUGUGGUUUAUUAGAGAUGGCUGUGGUAUUGCAUGUGCUGUUGUUACCUGGAUGCUGGUCUUCUACGCAGACUUUGUAGUCCUUCUUGUCAUGUUAGUUCCAUCAAGAGACUAUGUUUAUAGCGUGAUCAAUGGGAUAUUGUUCAAUACGUUGGCUUUCCUGGCUUUGGCAUCACAUUUCCGAGCCAUGCUAACUGACCCAGGUGCUGUGCCUAAAGGUAAUGCCACAAAGGAAUUCAUCGAGAGUUUACAGCUGAAGCCUGGACAGGUGGUUUACAAGUGUCCAAAAUGCUGUAGCAUUAAACCUGACAGAGCACAUCACUGCAGUGUUUGCAAGAGGUGUAUUCGAAAAAUGGAUCACCACUGUCCAUGGGUUAACAACUGUGUAGGAGAGAACAACCAGAAGUACUUUGUACUGUUUACAAUGUAUAUAGCACUGAUUUCCCUGCAUGCCCUCAUCAUGGUGGGAUUUCACUUUCUGUAUUGCUUUGAAGAAGACUGGACAAAAUGCAGUUCCUUCUCUCCACCAACGACAGUGAUCCUUCUCAUCCUCUUGUGUUUUGAGGCACUUCUGUUUCUCAUUUUCACAUCUGUCAUGUUCGGGACCCAGGUACACUCCAUCUGCACUGAUGAAACGGGUAUCGAGCGUCUGAAAAAUCAGGAGCCGACUUGGGAAAAAGUCAGCGGCUGGGAAGGGAUGAAACUGGCUUUUGGAGGCAAUUUUUCCCUGAGUUGGCUCAGUCCUUUUUCAGAUCUGAGUUGUAAAAAGCUUCCACCAGCUCGGGCAAUGACAGUCGCUCCAGCUGAAACGCUGUCUCAAGAGGAGAUUGAGCAAUUUUUAGAACAAACGGUUGCUCUCCAAGUGUCAAAAUAUUAACAAAUGUUCAGUUUUUAAUAAAUAUUUGCUCCCGAUAUUUAGCACUAAGAGAUAAUAGUGCAGAAAACAUUCAGGCAUAUUUUAUCCAGAAGUCAGGUACGCUACUAGCAGAAGCAAUGCAAAUCUCUACAGAAUGCUCUACUAAUGUAAUGUAUAAGCUUUUUUUUUUUCCUUCCUACCAAAGUCAAUUGUUUUAUUGAACUUUCUCAGCUUGGCCUUUAAGAGAAGCUUACAACUUGUCAGGCAGAUCUAUUCCAGCUCCUAAAAGUAAGCUGCUGUCAACAUGCGCUUAAUAUUUUACUCAUAACCCAUAUGAGUGCUGAAAGGCAAGCAAAGAGCAACAGCUCUGCUCAACACACUCCUCGGUGUACAUUAAAGGGGUACCCUUUUUUUUUAUUAGCUUGCCAGGCAUUGAUGAUUUCUUUGGGCUGUGAGGGUACCAGUCCGGGUUUUGGCUGCAGUAGACUCAGGCGAGAGAGAGAGAGAGUCAUAUUCAUCCCUGGUGUAACUCAGUUUUGCCAAGGAUAAAUUUAGCUCAGUGAGACUUUAAUGACUGCACCAGGGAUCCUGCUACUUAAGGGUCUGACCUAUUGUGCAUUCAGGUUGAUGGCAGCCUUUCCAUUGACCUGAAUGGACUUUGAAUCUGCAGUGCAGAUGGUUGUGUUGGCAGCCACAACAGAUCAACCUGGUAUGUUGCUAUUUGGCAAAUGCAACAAAUACACAUAUCUCAGUAGCAAAGAAAUCCGCCAGGUCAGAAAGUCUGCCAAAUUAUGCCGUUCAUGGCAGAAUAGAUCUUAAAAGGAAAACUGCAGGGACUAAUUACAUGGGUACCAUGAAAGUGUUAGCACUUCAUACCAUGCUGAUAUCUGCUGUUCUGUAGUACUUACUUAAACUUCAGUAUUUUAAAUACUGUGUUGUCAACUCUUGGUUAGUUGUUGACUUUUAAAAAGUGACCACUAUGUAACAUGUUAGUUGUACAGUUGAACUUAGUAAGUAUACAAGAGUACAUGACGGUGUGACAUAAGGCUUCAUCACUGUAAGCUGGAAGGGCCAUGCUGCUCACAGUAAAGUCAAAUAAGCUGGGUAAGCCAGAGAUGUCCAAUUUAUUUGGGCCUGCAGGCUGCAUCUGGCCCAUGGGGGCUUCGCAGAGGCUGGACGACCAACCUCUGGUGGAGGAGCAGUGGCUUCUCAGGAUGGCUGCUGGAGCCACUGCAUUAGUGUGGUUCCAGAACCCAGGUGAUGAACACUGCUGUCAGUUUGCCUCAUCUCCCCUUAUCUGCUGCUGAUUUUUGCAUCACAACUGGUGACCAAAAAUCCUGAAUUUGGCAGACACAAUUGGUGGGGAAGUGGAAACAGUGGUUGGGUUCCAGGAUUGUGGGCAGUGUAAGCUGCUCCCAGAGCAUGUCGGUAAAACCUCUGCAUGGCUCUCGAUUGGUAUUACAUUCCAUAUAUUCCAGAUGUUAAAAGUUACUCGAUGAAAAUUUUAGAUUACGUUUUGUUUUCUGUUUUGCUUUUUAAACAGUAGAAGCCACGUAUCUGCUACCAUCAGGAAAUCCUGCAGACCCUUAGAGAGCUAGUGUGGCUCUGCCACUAGCUUCCUGAGUGACUUGGGGAAAGUCACUUCACCUUGCUGUGCCUCUGUUCAUCUCUGUAAAACAGAGAUAAUGCUGAUUACCUCUUCUGUAAAGUGCUUAGGGACCUAUGGAUGAAGACUAUUAGUUCAUCACAUUCUUCAAUGAUGAUUUUUAGUGAUUAUAAGAGUGGUACCAAAUAGAAAUUGUACACGCUGAUCUACGUGCAAAAUAUUUAAAGUUAAUAUGUGGGAAUGGUGUGUCACAAGAGUCCUGGUCAGAGAUGGGAUUAUUUCUUGAGUCCUGUCAUCAGCCAGAGAAGAAGCUCAUAGAUUCCCUUUAUAUUAUAUGACAUGGAUUGGCAUGUCUUGAACCUACCAGCAGCUUCUACAAGUAGAGCUUGUUAAAAAAAACAACAGGAAAGCUUUUAGUAAAGAUGCUCACAAAAACUGCCUCUGUUUUUAUCAGAAAGAUUUAACAUUUUUUCUAAGAGCUUUCAUUUAAACAAAUUAAGAAUUCACUUUGUUCAUAAAUCACUUAAUUUGGCACUUGUGUAGAAUGAGUUUCUCUUUCAUCGUCGGAAACAAACAGAACAUUUCUUCCACAAACUCUUUGUUCUGCAGCUCUAUGAUCAGGCUAAAGGGAGAAGAUGUAGUGCUUUUGCAUCUAAAAUGCAUUUGUACCAGACAGGGCUUGACAGCCAGGGAGCAAAUGGAAAUAUUUAAAAAUACACAUAGGGGAGUUGAUAAAGGGGGACAGAGGACAUAUAAGGAGAAAUAACUGCACUUAACUCACAUAUUGUAAUUUUGGGUUGCUGUUUUGUCUUAACUAAGUCAGUUAACCAGUCUGCCUCAGUUACCAUACCGUUAAAAUGGGAAAAGCAUUACAAGCUUAUUAAAGACUGACUAGUUAAUAUCUGCAGUGUAAGUUACUUUAAAAAUGUAAUUUGAAAAUUACUUUGAAACACAGCAUCUGUGUUACUUAUGAACAGUGGAAUGGUAAAAGGGUGUCAGCUUUGCUUGUGGGAAAUGUACAGACUAUUCCAUCCUAAAUGGGAGCAACUGACCCAUGUUUGUUACGUGUUUACUGAAAUAAAAUGUUUACGGGUACUGUAUUUGUGAAAACGCGUUCUAUUUACGGGAGUAUCCAGAAGUUCAGCUAUAAGUCCUUCUGCUUCAGAAAUCACUUUCAAGUAAUAUUUUGAGGUACUAUUUCCACCUGGCUUGAACAUAUGAGAAGUGAGAGUCUGGCCACGCUAAUAUUAAUGUCAAAACUUCCAUUGACUUCAAUGACCUAGGACUUCAGGUCAGAGGUUACUGUUUCUAAUUGUGUUCCAGUGACACUUUGUCUGAACAAACGCCCCCCGUCCCACCAAAUAAAUAAAACCAACCACAAACUGAACUGUUUUUUGCUUAGUGAAAGAAGGGAAUGAUGUUUUUCACUUUUUUUAUACUUGUUUUCAUCAUUUUGUUGGGACUUGUAUGUUACCAUUGUUAUGUACCUCUUAUUUGAAACUUGGGAGCAGAAUAGAAAAAAAAAAGUAUGGGCACUGGGCAGGGAACAAGGCAAAUUACUCAAAUGAAGGGUGACUAGCUAUGGUUUUUCAGACCCAGGGGAAAUGAGAGAGCAGAGUUGUAUUUGAGUUAUUCUGUUCUCAACACAGAAUUAGGCAUAUGCUCCGAGCGAGAGUGGAAAUUCUUGUUUGGCCUCAACUAGAGCUGGUCAGAAAUUCUUGUUUGUUGAUACUGAAAAUGUCAGUUUGUGAAAACCAAAUCUUUUCUCUGGAACCUAUGUGUCUCAAUGAACCUCCUGGUGAAACCGCGUUGUGCAGGUCAAGUAUAGACAUCUGGUCAGGAUGAGACUGACCAGCCCCAGUCUGUUGAGCAGCCUGGGGAUGAAGUCUCCCGCCUGUAAUGUAGAGGAUGCAAGUAGAAGUGCUUCCUCGGCCCUUUGAGCUUCAGACAGGUGCCUUAGCUACUAAGCUACUGUCUGCUCUGGGCUCUUCCCUCCUCUUUUGUGACAAACUUUGAGAAGUUUGUGGUUUCACUUUUGAAAUGUCAGUUUUUCACAGGAUGGGUGAAGCGUUUCCUGCCCAGGAGUAGCCUCAGCCUGUAUUUGAGUGGGCUUUUUUUGGCACCCAAGACCAACAUUUUUAUUUAACUUUUAACCAAAUUCAGAUUAUUAACCAAAGCUACCACAGGUGAUCACUGCAUAACCCAUGUUUUCCUUCCUUCCAAAGUGUGGCUAGUCCUUGUCAAAUGUCUCUCUUAACUCAGGGCCUGAUCCUCCCAACACUAUUCUUCACAAUACAAUUGUAAUCCACAGACAUACAAGUCAUAAAAAAGCCUUAGGCCUCAAUGGCAAGCAUUAGUAGGAUGUUGUCCUUAAAUUGGAAGCUCUUUGGGGGUCAGAUCUUCUGUUGUAUGUUUAUACCGUUGUAUCAAUACUAAUUACUCUGUGAUAUUUUAUUCCACCAACAGUGUCUCUUAAAUGAAAAACCUAAAUGAACAUGCUUUGCUGAAAACUGCCUUCCAGAGAAAAAUGUUUCAGCAGAAGUUUUAAAAUAUAUUAUGAACAGGGCUCUGUCAGCUAAGGAAAGCAUUCAUGUGUUUUAUAUACAUUUGUGUGUCUUGUAAAGCAACUGUUCUAUGCAGAUAAAAUAACUUUAUGCAACUAAAAAAAAGUUCUAUUUUGCUAUUUGUAACUCAUUUUAUGCCUUCCAAUAGAUAUUGUACUUAUUAAAGAAUUAAUA